UAGUUCCUGGUGGAAGGUGGUUAGAGAGGAACCCAGGGCAGAAUGAGUGGCUGAAUAGAGGAAAACAUGGAGGAUGAUCGAGGUGAUUCAACAGGUGAAUCAGGUGAGACUGCCAUCAGGAGAGCUGGGGCUUUGGGGAGUCAACAAUGAGUGGGUCAAGAAAAUGUAUAUUAUAAUUAUAUAGCCACAUCUCUUACUAUGUUUUAUGUCUU